UGGACUCUGCUCCUCGUUUUCUUCCCAUGAGGCCACGGUAAAGAACUUCAUGUCAUUGGAGGACAAUUAAACCUCCGAUGAAACGUAAGCCAGGCGAUAGGUAUAGGAUUGCCUUCUGCAGAAACAGGCAUCACCGCACCACAGCGUAAUGAGGCUGUUACUUGCAACCGCUUCAGGAUGUUGUCGCAGCAAAAUGCGGGUUUGGACUUGAUUUUUAACCGUACAGAUUGAUUUCUGGAGCUUCAAAAUACAAUGAGAUGCGUUUUGAAAUGCCUGCUAUUCAUUUGUGGAUUUCAGGGCAUGAGAAAAAAUGGGAAGCGUGCCUGAUUGCUGCAGAGAGGCCUUGGAGCUGAUUCCUUGAAACCACUAGGAUGCCUGGCUGUUUUAAAAAGACUUUAUUUGCCUUAGCUUCCCUAAUAAGUUUUGUGUCUUCUAUCUUGAUUGUUGUUGCAAUGGGGACUCCAAAGUGGAUGACUGGAAAGAUCCUUUGCAAAACAGGAGCUGAUCUGGUCAAUGCCACAGAUCCGGAGCUGGUCAAGUUCAUCGGGGAAAUUUACUACGGACUCUUUCGGGGUGGCAAAAUACGCCAGUGUGGGUUGGGCGGGCGGCGUUCCAAAUUCACAAUUUUCCCACACAUGGUGAAAAAGCUGAAUACAGGCCUGCACGUGAUGAUUAUAAUGUUCCUCUGUGUGGCCAUUUUCUUUUCUCUGGUCAGUUUUGGAUUCUGCAUUCUUAACGCAAUAAAAGUUCCUUACCGGGCAAUUAAAGGUCCAGCAGGAGUAUGCCUUUGGAACGUCCUUGCAGGUGGAUUUAUAGUACUUGCAGUCACCAGCUUUAUGGCUGCUGUGAAACUUCAUCACCUCACAGAAAGAAUUGCCAAUUUUCGGGAAAACGUCUUUCAAUUCGUCAUCUUAGAAGAACAGUUUGAAGACUGUUUUUGGCUCUGUGUGGCAAGUGCCACAGCACAUGCAGUAAAUUUGCUGCUAAUAGCCAUUAGUGGGAUUCAUUUCCCUAAAAUUAAGACUAAAACAGAAGAAGCAAAUGUUACAGCAGAAGAUAUCAUGUACUAA